AGCUGAGCACUGUCAAUUGUCAAAAUUUAUUGUUUACAAAUUACAAAAAUUAAUUUAAAAUCGCAAAUAAAAUUUAUGCUCGAAUUAUGUGAAUAAAAAAACCUGCGCCACUUAAAAUUAAAAUUACCGCAUUUUUUAUUUAGUUGUUAAUGUGAUAGUUACCAAAUUUUCGGCGAGUGACAGAAACUCACAUUGUUUUACGAAAAGUAUUCCGGUUGUUUUAAAACAUGAAUGUUUAUUUAACUAAACGAAUGCUUUCUAAGUUGAAUAAUGUGGCAUUCCCUGUCCCUAACACAGUUUCGGAAGAUGGCUGUUAUAAUGAUCAUUGGCAAAAACUUUUCGCCGACAGUAAUAUCGGGCCUCGGCUUUCUAAAGAGAUGAUAUGUAGAGUAUGUGCUAGAAGUGGAUGUACCCCUCUAUCUGAAAGAAUUCUGGAUUAUGAAAUCAUGGAAGCUAUUUGUAGUGUAACAAAUGUAGCAAUGAGCUCUGAGGACUCAUUGCCAAAAUAUAUAUGUACAGAAUGUUUGGAGUCUCUUAAAGUUGCCCUGACUUUCAAGAAGAAUUGUGAACUUGCAGAUAAAAGAUUUAAGAAAAUUUUAAACCCUAUGGGUGAUCCAUUAUUCCAUUCAUAUCCUUAUUCAAAACACGAUUUUCAAUUACUUUUACACCAUUUAAAGAAAAAACGACUGAAGCAUGAAGAAGCAAAAGAGAUUGAACGAAAGAAAAGAGAAAGAAUGCAACAAAAGAAACAGCCUAAAAAGAAAGAGAUUAAAUGUUCUUCUUGUGACAUGGCUUUCACAUCCAAGGACAGUUUAACAGCUCACAGACAAGACAAACAGUGUAUGUUGCGUGCCUGUGAUAUUUGUGGCCAGCUCGUAUACAGUAUAGCAAAGCACAUGAGACACAUACAUAAACAGUCUGUGUCACAUAAAUGUCCUACAUGUGGAAAGGAAUUUCCAAUUAUUGCCAGACUUAAAAAUCAUAUGCUUGUACACACAAACACAUUUAACUUCUUCUGUGAUCUAUGUCCAUACAAAUGCAAGCAUAAAUACUACUUGGUGAUGCAUAUGCGCACACACACUGGUGAGAAACCCUACAAGUGUCCUGUGUGUCCCGCCACAUUUGUGAAUCCAUCCAAUUUAAACAAACACAAAUUAACACAUCAAGAGAAACAAUUUAAGUGCGUAAUGUGUGAGAAAGCAUUCCGGACCAACGCUGCCUUGCGCGAACACCACGAAGCGACGCAUAUGAAUAUCAAGCACACAUGCAACUUCUGCGGAAGGGAUUUCUGUUACAAAUCGGACUUACGCAAGCACGAAAUACGUACGCACAACAGGAUAAAACGCGACUACAUCGGCGGCGAGCCCACAUACAAACAAGUGGAGAGGAUGCAGAAGGUCGAAGACCAUGAAGCAUUGGAGAAGUGGAGGCAGCAGCAGCAGCAUCUUGUCAGCCAGCCCCAGGUGGUGGAGACGUUCAUAGAACAGAAGCAAGAGUUCAUGCACAAUCACCCCAUAUACUUCACCGAUGUUUCUGGUAUUAUACAGCAGACAGCUAUACCCCAGCAACAAACAGUACAAUUGGCUUUGCCAGAUUUAGUUAUGAAGAAAGAUGAAGUGAAGAUGUAUGACGCGCAACAGACAAUGGGAUAUUUUUGAAUCGACGAUUAAAUCAAGAUAAAUACUACUAUACUAAUACUAAAUAUUCUUAUAUAAAAUUGGUUUGUAGACGACUUUUGUAGCAGUU